AUGAACGUUUUUAAUAGUUUAUGUGUCUUUCUGUUGUUCUAUGGAGUCGUUGUAGAUGGAAAAUUUCGUAAUGACUACAAGUUUUACGAGGCGGCAGGAGGUUGGUUCAAGCUACAUGAGGUGCCGGCUUCAUGGAACAAUGCGUGGUAUAAAUGUUUUAGAGAAGGUGCUGUCCUUGCGUCCCCAGAAAAUGAAAAUCUAUUUUCCACUAUGAAGACUCUAGUGGCUGAGCACACCAAAUCGUGCGGCGUAUAUACGGGGAUCCACGCCACAUUUUCUAAGGGGGACUAUUACUCUAUCGAAGGUACCCCGCUCUCGAAGAUCCCCGUAUUCUGGGCCCCGGAUGAACCGGACAAUUUUCAAAAUGGCGAAGACUGCAUCGUCAUGUUGCUGAAUGGAACAGUAGCGGACGUACAGUGUACAGACGUGUACCCUUUCCUCUGCUUUAAAAAGAAGACUAAAAACAUGUUUACGAGCGGAUGCGGCACGGUUGAUACAGGGUACACCUUUGACCCACGGACCGGUAGUUGUUACAAGUUCCACCGGCUGCCGCAGACUUGGCACCGUGCCUUCGCCGCAUGUUCAGGCGAGGGUGGUCACUUGGCUAUCAUCAACAGUGACCUGGAAGCCCAGGUCAUCAAGGAGCUGUACGGAAAGAACCCUGACUCCACUAUGCCGGGAAACUUUGUGAAGCAUUCUUCUCAUAUUGGCCACUGCGACUGGGGCGAGCGAGGACUAUGGCUUACUAUUCAUGGACAAACGCUAAAAGAGGCAGGCUACGACAAGUGGUCCAACGGGGAGCCGGCAAAUUCUACGCAAGCCUCUACAGGACAAUACUGCGGCGCCGUGCACCGACCCGGCACUCUCAACGACGUGUGGUGCAACAUGCCCACUCCCUUCAUCUGUGAGAAAGCGCCAGACAGCUUGGUUGAUGACGAAUAGGUUGCGGAGGUCCAGGAGCUCGGUAUCAACCAGCCA